CUUAUCCUUCUAUGUUCCUCCAGUGGUUUGAUACCCCGCCUGCUCUGUGACGUCCUGUCUUUGUGGAUCUGUAACCUGCUAGCCCACGCCAUCAACACGUAUGCCAUCGACGACUCGAUGAGUCACACAGGAGAAAUCAAGAACUGCUCCCAGGCAGUGACUGGGUUCUUCGCCAGUAUGCUCACAUACCCUUUUGUCCUGGUGUCAAACCUCAUGGCUGUUAAUAACUGCGGGCUGGCUGGAGGUCUGCCCCCCUACGCCUCAGUAUACCCCACUUGGGUGGACUGCUGGAGGCAUCUCAGCAGAGAGGGCAACAUGAGCAGAGGCAACAGUUUAUUUUUCCGGAAGCUCCCGGCAGGAAAGAUGUACGCAGUGGACCAGCAGAGAUUUUUUUAAAAAGCCUCAAGAAACUGAGGUGAACAUAGUUGUGAUAAUAAAGCUAAAAACAAAUCAUCAUUGCCUGAUCUGGGGUCGGCACUUAAUCUUUUUUUUGUAUGCACUUGUUUACCAUGAGGGUUAUUUUCUUGACAACCGGUCAUCAUGUGAAAUAAAAACACUUUAAUUUCCA